CAUCAAUUGACCUCGAGGUUAUCAACCAGAUGUCGCUGAGCUCAACCGCAGAAGUGCCUUGGUGACACUGAUGAGGGCCCGAAGAAAGUUCCCCGCAAUGCGUCAUAAUCCUCGACCUUGACACUUCUUGUUCCACCACCAAGGCAACUUCACCACUUUACGUACAACAUCUUCAAUUUCUGAGCUCUACACUUCAAACUACACAAGCAAACAUGUCUCAAAACCUCAUGGACACCUCUCCUGGCGGCGACACCAACAUGGGAACCUCGCAGUACACCAGCAUCCACACCGUCACAAAGCCUCACAAGAAGUCUGGCGGCCAGUUUGGCAAUCCCGAAACCUCAGUUGACUCAGUCCCUGAAGUCGAAGCGGCCAAGAACGCAGAAGCAGGUGAAAAGACAGCAGAGAAGAUCCGCUACGGUCAAUCAUUGAGCGAGAACGGCAUGGGCGGACAGACUACCGGCAGCGGUCAAGCAAACAGCGGCGAUGCAGGAUCAAAAGCACAAGAGGAGACUGAGGAUGCUGUGAGCGAGAGGGAAAAGAGUGGUUACGGCGGUGACAAGGACAUGGAUAGGGAGAUUGGCGCAUAAGAAGACGGUUGGAGGAUAUACCAAUUGCAUGAUAUCAUGAUAUGAAAAUACGUUUAUCACAUG